UCUGAGCCUCGAAGACUGGUCGCUCACUCUUAUCCGACAUAAAGACUGUCCGACCUAGAAGACUCAUCACAACUUGCUUCCUCCUCGACGGGAUUUGGGAAUUGGUCAUGCUAUCUUCGCGAUCGUCCAGCCUACCGGCGACCCGCAAGCAUUCCUUCGGUGAGGCCAGGGCUCGGUCCUCCACACCGCCAAGCGACGAAGACGACGAAGACGACGUCAACCAUCGCAUUCGCCCCAAUUGGUGUGGUUACCGUCAUAUCUUCCAGUGCCGUGGAUUUCGUCUCGACACGUGCCGCGACGUCAAGCAGCUAUAUCAACGAUACUGGGAGAGCUUAACAUCCCAAGGUUGUAAUGUGUCGAAAGACUUGCCAGGCUAUCUUCGAGCCUGUAGCGGGAGGAGUGACGAUGAGUUAUGUCCGGACGUUGGACUGCCUGAGAAUCUGUUUCGCGGCACGCGCUGCGUAGACGGUAUGCAUGUCGUCAUCAAAGCCGUCCAUCUACGUAGUCGUGAAUACGAUGUUGUACGAUAUUUGUCUUCUUCCCCCGUCCGACAGCAUCCUAUGAACCACUGUAUUCGUAUGUUUUCUUCUAUACCGCGGUGUUGCAAUACGUAUUCACGCUUUACAGCUAUACUGGGUCGAAUCGAAAUACCCGCCGACGACGUUGCCUUCAUAGUGAUGGAGGAAUGGUCACCGCAUCUAGAUGCCGAUCCUCCGUAUACUCUGAGGGGCUUCCUCGGAUUCAUGCGCCAGCAUUUAGAGCAUGUGGUUUUUAUGCAUGCUCACCGCAUAGCUCACCUUGAUAUAUCUAUCCGCAACACGUUGACGGACAACAAGCAGCGCUAUGCUUGUAUAGACUUCGAACUGAGCCGCCGGUUCGACAUGGCAAGCCCACGGAUCCGGUGCUUGCGCGCCACGGAGCCACCUCCAGAGGUAGAGAGGGGCGAAAGUUGUGACCCAUACAAAAUUGACGUCUGGGCAUCAGGCAUGCUCAUGUUGAAAGCCUCACAAUUAACCGGCUUACAAACUCCCGACAUGCUGUCGUUCAUCACGCGUUUACUAGACGAGGAUGCGACACGGCGACCAACCGCGCGACAAGCACUGUCUGCAUUCAACAACGUGUUCCGGAAUAACGACGCAAAACACACGACUGGAUGACACGGGGUAUGACACACGAUAUGGAUUAUGCCAGAGACAGAUAAUCGUAGCCUACAUCGCCCAUACUAUAACAU